AUGGCGCGGUGGUUGUCAUUCUUUGCGGAAUACAACUUUACGGUCGAGUACAAACCAGGACGACUUAAUGUCGUUGCUGAUGCACUCUCACGUCGUCCCGACUUUGAACCAGUCGUGAAACCCAACAGUGAGACAGUCACAGUUGCGGUUAUGACGUCCUCAGUCCCAUCUACAACGUUGUAUGAUGAUGUGAGGCGGGCAUACGCCCAAGAUGGUGAGAUUGUGAAGUUGUUGACACAUCUCUCCCAACCAUCUCGAGAAUCGUUGAAUCGAUUGUCGUCUGCGUAUCGAUCUGCAUCAGAUCGAUACACUACUCGCAACGGGUUACUGUACUAUACAGCCGUUUCUGGUGACACACCACGUGUUGUCAUCCCAGAUGAUACUGAUCUGCGUUUGCGGAUCAUGUUCGAGUAUCACGUUGCUCCUAUAGGAGGACAUCGUGGCCGAGAGAAAACAUACCUCACGGUGAGUCGAGACUUUUACUAG